GGUGUGAAACUGCCAGGGGUCCCUGCGGGAUGGAGGACGGCCCAGACCUCGGCAGCUGAGCGACCGGCGCGUGAAGCAGGCAGGGAAGAAAGCUGGCAAGAAAAGGAGACAAACAGCCGGCUGCUGGGACAAGGGAGGGCUGCCAAAAACCCAGCGGGGCCAGGCCCGGGGAGCCCAGCCAGGGUUGAUGGUCCCCUGGUUGGUGGCAUCCCGGGGAGAAGAUGGCUCAGCCCGCACCCCUGAACCAGAACCUCCCAGAUCUUGGGGGCCCGUUCUUGUACCGGGACCAGGAUGAUGGGGAGAAGAGCUCGUAUUCAGUGGAAACCCCCUACGGCUUCCUCCUGGACCUGGAUUUCCUGAAAUACGUCGAUGACAUUCAAAGUGGCCAAACGCUCAAGAAAGUGCCGCUGCCUCGCAGGGCAAAAGGGGCCCGGCAGCCGCCCAGCGCUCUGCGCAGCCCCAGCAGCCACGCCAGCGCCUGGACCUCCACCGAGUCCCUCACCUCCACGACCAGCGAGGAGGGCAGGACUGCGCUGCUGCUGUCCCCGCACGGCCGGGCACCCCUGGAGCCCCCGAGCAAGCCAACCUCCCACCCUGUCUCGCCACCAGUGCGGCUGCUCCCGCCUCCCACCCGUAAGUGCCUUGUGCGAAACCCGCGGGUGGAGAAGACCUUGCUGGAGACAAGCAGGAGGCUGGAGCAGGAGCAGGGCCAUUUGCAGGAUACGGGUGGUCCCUCCCGCCGUGGCCCGUCGGGUGCCCCGAGUCAGCCGCCCCCCUGGGUGCUGGUGGGCACCGAGGGCCAGGCGGGCUGGGGACGGGCGAGCCCUGGCAGCUCGGGGCGCAGCACGCCGGCGGCGGGGCUCAGCGCUGCCCCACUGCAGCACGUGCGGGAGCAGAUGGCUGCAGCUCUGCGGCAGCUCCGGGACCUGGAGGAGCAGGUGAAAACCAUCCCCCUCCUGGAGACACAGAUCUGUGAGCUGAAGAGGGAGAAGGCGAAGCUGAUGGAGAAGCUGUCAGCAGAGCCUCGCGAGGCUUUCGGCCACCCCCCUGGCUCUGAGGCGGUGGGAGCUGGCGAGGAGCCACCCCAAGCGGGGCCGGAGAGUGAAGCGGAGCCGGCAAAGGGGCGCGCAAGCAAGAUCGCGGAGCUAAGGAAGCUGACGGAGAAGCUGGCCGUGCCGGAGCGGGGUGCCAGGGCAUGGCCGUGCAGGAGCCCCAGGGCUGCCGAGAGGCCGUGCCGCUCUGUGGCAGUGGGUGAGGACCGAGCCAUGACCGACGCCAUCUUCUACUACCGGUCGCAGCAGGAGGGCGGUGAUGCGCCGGAUGGCGUGGCGAGGGAGCGCAGGGAUGCGGCUGUCUGGGUGCUGGAGUCCUCGCUGGGGCUGGCCAGCGAGGCGGAGCAGGAGCUGGAGCUGCUGCAGCAGACAGUGGGGCACCAGAAGGAGGUGAUCGCCCUGAUGGAGGGGCACCUGCGGGAGGCCACGCGGGAGCUAGAGGAGCUGCGGCUGGAGGUGUGCGCCCGCCGGCCCCGUGGGCGGGCGGACAAGGAGGUGACGGCCAAGCCGCAGGUGGCCGAGGUGCUGGUGGAGGCGGCAGUGGUGACACAGAGCCGGGCAGCUGGUGACCCCCCAGAGACGACAGAGGCAGGCGUGGAGUGCUGCCCGCUGACCGCCUGCGUCGGGGUGAGCUGCCGCCCCGAGGGGCGGGACGUGGCGGUCGGCCCCGAUGCGGCCACCAAGUGCGAAGACAAGGGCAGCCAGACCGACGUGGGCAGCGCCAUCCCGGUGGGCGAGGAGACGGAGCCCCGGGUGGGUGAUGCCCGAUGCAGCCCCUCGGCGCAGGGCGCAGGAGCAAUGGCGGGGACGUGCCAGGGUAGCCCAGCCCUGGGGGCAGACGCGCCAGAGACGACGCACAGCGGCCGGGACCCAUCCCCGGCACAGGAUGGCGGAGCUGCCCCGAGUCCUGCGGCCGGAGCCCUGAAGUCCAUCAUGAAGAAGCGAGACGGUCCCCCCCGGAGCGAGGCCGAGGGCAGCAAGAAGAGCCUGCAGUUUGUGGGCGUGCUGAACGGGGAGUAUGAGAGCACAUCCAGUGAGGAGGAAGAGGAGGAGGAAGAGGGAGACAGCUCCUCCGAGAAGGCUUCAGCCGACAGCUCCGACAGCGAGGAGCAGGGGGACACUGAAACCUCGGACGAGGAGGCCAGGGAAGGCGAGCGUGAUCCAGGACGGGAGCGCGAGGGGGACUGUGUGACGCUACCGGAGCCCCCCGAGGUGAAGGAGAAGUUCGAGCUGAGCCCCCGGAUGCGGGAGGCCUGCCUCAUCGUCAAGACCCACCUGGGCCACCCCGGUGCCACCAAGAGCAAAGAGGUGCUCGCCAGCAGCAGCCUGGUCCUGCAGGAGUGGUUCCGUCUAUCCAGCCAGAAGUCGUCCGUCCCCGAUACGGUCGCCAACCACCUCCUGGCCUUUGCCGAGGUCUCACCGACGCUCCUGGCUCACGUGGUGAACCUGGCAGAUGGGAAUGGCAACACAGCCCUGCACUACAGCGUCUCCCACUCCAACUUCCACAUCGUGCGGCUGCUGCUGGACACGGGGGUCUGUAACGUGGACCACCAGAACAAAGCUGGCUACACAGCUCUCAUGCUGGCAGCGCUGGCGGCCGUCGAGCAGGAAGACGACAUGAACGUGGUCAGGAGGCUCUUCAGCAUGGGCAAUGUCAACGCCAAGGCCAGCCAGGCUGGCCAGACGGCGCUGAUGCUGGCCGUCAGCCACGGCCGGCAGGAGAUGGUGGAAGCCCUGCUCGCCUGCGGAGCCGACGUGAACCUGCAGGACGAGGAGGGCUCGACUGCGCUGAUGUGCGCCUGCGAGCACGGCCGCGUGGAGACCGUGAAGCUGCUGCUGGCUCAGCCCACCUGCAACAUCUCCAUCGUGGACAGCGAUGGUAACAACGCCGUCGCCAUCGCGCUGGAGGCCGGCCACAGCACCAUCGCCAUGCUCCUCUACGCCCACCUCAAUGGCACGAAGGCGCAGCUGCCCCAGGGGACAUCACCGACAGCCGUGAAGAGCCCUGGAAGCCCAAAUAAACCAAAUUAGAGCGACCUUCGGGGCCAGCCAUGUGCCAGCCGGCCACCAUCAGCGCUAGGCUGUAAUUUAUGUCCCCUCUCCCGCCACUCCCCGGCUGCAGAUGCUUUCAUCCCGUCACUAGAGCUGGCGCCGUCCCUGGGCCUCACUAGCCCGUCUCCGCUGCUGGGAGCGGCCCACGCACGGCCACCUCACUCUACCAGGUGACAGAGGAGCCAUCCAGUGACCUGGAGGCAGGAAACACAGCGAGCAGAAGCCAUCCCCAUCCCCUCUGCUCCCCACCACAACCGCUGGAGCCGCACCAGCAGCCUGGAGCCCUCUGCAAGUCGCUUCCUCACCAGAACAGCAGAAAACAAACCCAGCAGAAAUAGCACCCGGUUUCCACUCUCUCAGUCAGCUCCCGGAGGAAGGCAGCGGAGCCAGCGACGGGGAGCAGGGCUGUGGGAGGCUCCUGGACCCUGCUGCGUGGUGCUGGUGGGGAAGUGCUUGGCAGGGAGUCCUGCACAGCGACGGGAGAGAGGACACAACCCAGCUGGUUAACGCUGCCUUGGCCGCAGGCUGGGAGCAUUUCCAGACUGAAAUACUUGCCCUUCUUUUUGUGGCAUUUCCUUUCCUGGCUGAAAUCUGAAUUUUUUUUUUCUAGCACAUGCACACAAAGCAAAAAAAUUAUAUUGCUUAUUCAAAGGAUGGGGUUCAACGUGAAAUUACUUGAUUUGCUCAACAGGAGCAAAACAGGGCCCUCAGGGCUGCAGCCAGGCUGACAGAAGGGGGCCGAGAGCCAUGAAACACAUUUAGAGACCGAGACUGCCCAGCCGAUACCCCACGUAGGGAGCAGGGACCUUCUCCCAAGGGAAAGAUAGCAAUUACCUCCUAAACAUUUCCCAAUUUAACCAGUCUCACAGCCACUGUCUGUGAAGGCAACCAGAGCCCGCAACCGGGUCCCUCUCUGCCCACUUUCCUUCGCAAAAGGGAGGAGAGCAGCCGAGGGUAGCUCCAGGAAGAAAACAGAUCAGCAGGAAGAGCUCAGAGAGUGCGUAGGGCCCACGAAGAUGGAUGUGUAUGUUGGAGGACGUGUGUGUGUCUGUGCGAGCGUGUGUGCACCAGGUGGGGUGGGAACAGACGAAGGACUAAGGACUGGGAGGAAGAGGAGGCUUUUGCACGUGAAGCCGGCUCCGCUCUCUGAAUCCUUCACAAAGGUAACGCGUGAUUGCAGCCCCCAUUUCUGCUCCUCAGCCCAGCUCCCCCGCAUCGCUCCUGUCCCCGCAGGCCUGGUCUGAGCCGUACUGGAAGCUGGGAAACGCUCCCCAGGACGCUUGUUCUGGGCAACACGCUGCUGUCCUCGCAGUGGGCCUGUUUCAGCUUUGCACUGAAGUUAACAUACGAUGCUCACACUGCUCUGUAUGUAUUCCGUACUCACUGCUUUGGUCUCACAGGUUUGUUUACUGAUAUUUUAAUACUGAUGUUUAUUUUUAAGAUAUAAAUAAAAUUUAAAGUAAAAUUAUUUUGAAAUAUUACAGUGA